UUAAUAUAGUUUCGGUAGGCUAUUUUGAGGGUUUGCACUUUCGGACAAAUAUCUGAUCCUUGACUUAUGAGCAGAAUAACUGCAUGCUGGGCAUGGGGAGUGGGCAGCCUAACCGCCUGGAGAGUUCAAGAAUAGCCUUGAAGAAAGCUGGAGAAGAGGUCAAGGGUGCAGCUUUGGCCAGUGAUGCCUUCUUCCCAUUCGCAUGGAAAGAUGCAGUGGAAGAAGCCUGCCAAAGCGGAGUUAGUGUAAUCACAGAACCCGGUGGGAGCAUUAGAGAGGGGGAUGCUGUAGACUGCCGUGACAAGUAUGGAGUUUCACUUCUUUUCACAAACGUGAGGCACUUCAGCCAUUGACAACGUUUUUGUCCUUGGUGCUUCGAUACAAGGACCUUAGGUCUCGAUCCGUUG